AUGGUGUUCCAAUUCGGUCUCGUCCAUCUCGUUGGAGCUGGCACAAUCGCUGCCUUUGUACUCUCAAAGAUUACUUCAUACUCUCUCAUGACGGUCCUGCCAUGGAUCUAUUUCGCAACUAUUCCAGCUUAUAUUGUCAUCUACCUCUCCUACAUCUACCCGUUCUACAUCUCCGAACUGCGCCAUGUUCCAACCGUCCCGGGCUUCCCACUCUGGGGCCAAUUCUUCACCAUCAUCACCACCGAAUGCGGUGUCUGUCAACGAGAAUGGCACGAGACACAUGGACCUAUCAUCCGAUACUUCUUUCCAUUUGGCGCUGAGCGUCUCUCGAUCGCAGACGACAAAGCUAUCUACCAAAUGACCAUCAAGAACCCAUACAACUACCCCAAGCCUGUUCGCGCGAAGCUCUGGAUGGUUCGAAUCCUGGGCGAGGGCGUCCUCCUUGCUGAGGGCAAUGAACAUGUCCACCAACGCAAAGCUCUGGCACCUGGCUUCUCCAUCGCUUCCAUUCGAGCUCUCACUCCUGUCUUCUGGCAGAAAUCUCUCCUGCUAGCCAGUCUCUGGAAAGAGGAGAUGGCCGAAUCACGUGUCACAACCAAAUGCUUUGAAGUCUUGGAAUGGUUGAACAGGACCACACUCGACAUCAUCGGUCAGGCUGGAUUCGGCACGGAUAUCAACUCGCUGGAGAAUCCAGAUACACCGAUCCGAGAAGCCUACCGUCUCGUCUUUGCUUUCGACAUCGGGUCACGCAUCCUCCACGGCCUCCAAGCAUUCAUCCCAAGCACAAAAUACAUCCCCGCCAAGAUGAACCGCGACAUGGAAGCCGCGCGCUCCAUCAUCGUCGACAAAGCAACCGACAUCAUCACCGAGAAAGAGAACCAAGCCAUCGCCCACACCACACACAAAGACAUCAUCGCCCUGAUCUCCAAAGACAACCUCAAGAUGAAGGAAGCCGGCGAAGAAGGCCUAAGCUUCGAAACCAUGCGCGACCAAGUCAUGACCUUCCUCGGCGCCGGCCACGACACGACCGCCACGGGCGUUGCCUGGACGCUUCAUCUGCUCUCUACCCACCCUGAGAUCCAAGAACGUCUGCGACAAGAAAUCCAACAGCACAUGCCCUUCCUCUUCGAUCCAGCUACGCGCUACAACCCAGCUGAGCUCGCCAAGGCCGACGCAGACCAGCUUCCCUACCUCGACAACGUAUGCCGCGAGUCCCUCCGCUAUAUCCCACCCAUCCCCAUGACGGUGCGGCAAUCGCUCGCUCCAGACAUGCUUGGCUCCUACCACGUGCCUGCUGGGACCGUGAUCUACGUGCUGGCGAACGCCAUCAACCGUCUGCCCAUGUACUGGGGCCCUACGGCGGAUAAAUUCGAUCCUGAUCGCUGGGAUCAUCUGCCUCAGACGUAUUGCACGAAUGCGUUUAUGACGUUCUUGCAGGGCCCGAGGGGCUGUGUGGGUAGGAAGUUCGCGGAGACGGAGAUGAAGAUUUUGGUGUGUUGUUUGUUGAGUAUGUAUACGUUUGCGAGGGAUGAGAGUGUGGAGGAUCCGGAGAGUUUGAAGAUGUGGAGGUUGGUGUUGAGGCCGAGGGAUGGGGUUAGUUUGAAGGUUAAGCAGUUGUAG